UAAUUCCUCGACGGUCUUAUCGUGCACUAGACACAAAGUGGCGAGUUUGAUUAAUGCGUUUUGUUGUCUUCAUAUAACAAAUUGACCUCGAUUUUAUCGACUCCCAAAAGUGACAAAACGAUGUUUUCGCGAAGACAGUACUUUGCUCGCCAAAACUUUCCCAACUGACAUUAAAUCGCAGGGCAUUGCCCAAAAGUGUAAAUAACAUUAGAGUGUACAAACUUCUUUGUUGUGGCCAUAAAAAAUAUUACAGUUUUAUGACCGCAAGACAAACGAAACAAGACAGAUUAUGCCAGUGGUUCGGCCCUUUUAUGGCGCUCACGUCAUAUUUUUUACACUGGUCGGCACUCAAAAUCGCGUUAUGUUGAAUCAAGUGGUAUAUUUACUUUAAAUAUUAGUCUACCACAAUGAAAACUGUUUUAAUGGUGGCUGAAAAGCCUUCAUUGGCAGCUUCCCUCGCUAGCAUAUUGAGCAACGGCUCUAACUCAAGUCGUAAAGGUUCAAACGGCAUCUGUUCGGUUCACGAAUGGAACGGGACGUUUCAAGGAACCCCAGCAAGGUUCAAAAUGACGUCAGUUUGCGGUCACGUCAUGGGAGUCGAUUUUAUAAGCAAGUACAAUAAUUGGGACAGGGUUGAUCCAGUUGAGCUCUUUUCAUGCCCUAUAGAGAAAAAAGAAGCCACCCCGAAAUUUAAAAUGCCUUACUUUUUGGGUCAUGAGGCUAAAGGAUGCGAUAAUUUGGUUUUGUGGCUUGAUUGCGAUAAAGAGGGCGAAAAUAUUUGUUUUGAAGUUAUGAAUUGUGUAGCGAGAAGCAUGAAUGGGGACGUUUACUCGGAUAAGGUGACUUACCGAGCGCGCUUUUCCGCGAUAACUGAUAAAGAUAUCAAGGCGGCUUUCAACAAUUUAGCCCACCCUAAUGAGAAUGAAGCUAGGAGCGUUGAUGCUCGCCAAGAGCUAGAUUUACGAAUCGGUUGCGCUUUCACUCGCUUCCAAACCAAAUUUUUUCAAGGCCGUUAUGGCGAUUUAGACUCGUCUUUAAUUUCUUACGGCCCUUGUCAGACUCCCACUUUGGGGUUUUGUGUUCAAAGACACGACCAAAUCCAGACAUUCAAACCUGAAACUUACUGGGUCAUCAAAGCCACCAUUGUGACAAAAGACGGCAAUGAUGUUAAUUUGGAUUGGAAACGAGUCCGUUGUUUUGAUAAAGAAGUCGCAAAUAUGUUUUUACAACAAAUCAAGGACCAGAAACAAGCUAAGGUUAUUAACGUAUCGUCUAAAGAAAAAGCAAAAAGUCGUCCUGUGGCUUUAAACACCGUUGAAUUGAUGCGCGUUGCGAGCUCUGGUCUGGGCAUGGGCCCCCACCAUGCCAUGCAACUCGCUGAAAAAUUAUACACUCAAGGGUAUAUAAGUUAUCCCCGGACCGAAACAACUCGCUACCCUGAAAAUUUCGAUUUGGUUGGCGUGCUUCGACAGCAACAAAACAGUACAGAAUGGGGGGACGAAGUCCGCGAAAUCUUGUCACGUGGAGUUAAUAGACCUAAACAAGGCCACGAUGCCGGGGACCACCCUCCGAUCACCCCCAUGAAGUUAGCAACACGGAACGAACUCGAUUCCGAUUCGUGGAAAUUAUACGAUUAUAUUACACGACAUUUUAUCGGUACUCUGGCUCGGGAUUGUAAAUAUUUGAGUACCACAGCAACUGUUGAUAUAAAUGAGGAGAUUUUCACUGUGACUGGGAAAACGCUCCUCGAUCCGGGCUACACAACAGUGAUGACGUGGCAAGCGUUGGAUAAGAACGAAAUAGUUCCGAAUUUGUCCGAAAAUGAGUCGGUACCAAUCAAAGAUAUGCGAUUGACGGAACAUCAGACUUCACCUCCGGAUUAUUUGACCGAAGCUGAAUUGAUUACGUUGAUGGAAACGCACGGAAUUGGCACUGAUGCCUCCAUUCCGGUCCAUAUUAACAAUAUUUGUCAAAGAAAUUACGUAACUGUGACGUCGGGACGAAAAUUAAAACCGACAACUUUAGGAAUCGUCUUGGUACACGGAUACCAAAAAAUCGACGCUGAAUUAGUUUUGCCGACCAUGCGGUCAGCUGUUGAGGAACAAUUGAAUCUCAUUGCUUUAGGUAAAGCUAAUUUUCAUGCAGUUCUUAGACACACUGUCGAAAUUUUCAAAUUGAAGUUUCAAUACUUUGUGAAAAAUAUUGACGGAAUGGAUCAACUAUUUGAGGUUUCUUUUUCGCCCUUAAGUGCCUCAGGAAAGGCACAUUCGAGAUGUGGAAAAUGUCGCAGAUAUAUGAAAUAUAUUCAAGCAAAACCCCCGAGAUUGCAUUGCCCACAGUGCGAUGAGACUUACAGUUUACCCCAAAACGGAACCAUAAAACUAUUCAAAGAACUCAAAUGUCCUCUUGACGACUUCGAAUUGUUAUACUGGACUAUGGGUAACAAAGGGAAAAGUUUCGUUUUUUGCCCAUACUGCUACAACCAUCCACCCUUUAAAGACAUGAAAAAGGGCACCGGCUGCAAUUCCUGUUCACACCCAUCUUGCCCUUACAGCUUCAACAGUAACGGUGUUUGCAGUUGCGUUGAGUGUGAUUCUGGUGUUUUAGUCCUUGACCCGUCUUCAGGCCCCAAAUGGAAGCUUGGAUGUACUCGGUGUGACACCAUCUUAAAUCUCUUCGAUGAUGCUCAAAAACUGACAGUGUUGCCGGAAGUGUGCGACUGUGGGGCCCAAUUAAUGAACAUUGAAUAUAAACCCGAGAAGAGCAAGUUGCCCAAUGGAGUCACAGAGAUGAAAGGUUGCAUUUUUUGCACUACUGAGUUUGGGCGACUUGUUGAUAAGCCUAAAACUGCUGUUAGUACAAGACCUCGGCCAUUUAGAGGUGGGAAAGCACCGAGUAGAGGGAGGGGUAGAGGUCGGCCUAAACCUAAAGAUAAAAUGGCCCAACUUGCGGCUUAUUUUGUAUAAAUCUGACUUAAUAAUAGACGAUUCAGAGUUAA